CCGGAUUUGGGUCUUAUCGAAGCUUUGACUUUCUCGAUCUGCAUAUGCUGCUGAAGCAGUUCUGACCGUCAGCCUUCUAGAGUCGCACAUCGCCCUAGGCCAUGCUCUUCGUGAGAUCCAACACUCGAAGAAGCAAUGACCAUGGGGCGCUCCUGCAAAUCCUUUCUGACUGUGCUGGCCUUGGGUACCAAGAGUCUCAGCCAAUACGCGAUCUGUGGAAUUUUGUACGACUCUGUUCGUGGCAAUUCUGAGACUGAAGGGAUGGAAAGAGCCAUUGUUUCAGCCCUGACGGCGGCCCCCCAGCAGGGGCUUUGCCAGCCCGUCGAGCAGGCUGCAGCACAUGUGUUGCUCGUAUCACCACGCACCGGGGCUAUCCCCACAGCCAUCCAGGAACCACCCACACUAAAACGACGCCGUCAGUCUAGGCCUUGUGGUGGUCCGAACCUUGACGGAAUUAUGCCCUUUGCAGAAGAGGCUGGCGUGCGAGGCGGGAAUUACGAUGCGCGCCGUACCACUGCUGAUCGGCAAUUGUCCCUGGCCACUCUCACCGGCCACUUUACGCUGUGCUACCUGUCUAGUGAUUUGUCAACAUCGCCACCAAUCGUUCUCUGGCUCCGUGAGGUAGUGCAACUGCCGGGCUGUGUCGUCUUUCUGAUUCUAUGCACCUUCUGCAUGCUGCGGCAUCAACCCAGCCUCGAGCAAACUGCCAGGGCAUAUGACAGCCCGCAGCCUACAACUCCCCAAAGAAGAGUUCUGUCCAUUGCAUAUCAUGCGAUCUAUGGCCUGAACCACUCGGGGUGAGGGUGUUCUCAAUAGUUCCAGCGGUAGCGAGCUCGGAGUUGGUCUUGAUGUGCGCCGUUGUAGAUAG